AUGGAAGCAGGGGAAGAUUGCUGUGUGAAAGUAGCGGUCCACAUCCGGCCGCUCAUCGGAGAUGAGAAGCUCCAAGGCUGUAAAGAUUGCGUCACUGUCGUCCCCGGCAAGCCUCAGGUACAAAUUGGCACACAUUCAUUUACUUUCGACAAUGUCUAUGGGAGUACCAGUUCGCCGUCAUCUGCAAUGUUUGAAGAAUGUGUUGCUCCGCUGGUCGAUGGCUUGUUUCAUGGAUAUAAUGCUACUGUCCUAGCUUAUGGUCAGACAGGUUCUGGGAAAACAUACACCAUGGGCACUGGUUUCAGAGAUGGUUGCCAAACUGGAAUUAUCCCUCAAGUUAUGAAUGUAUUAUUUAGCAAAAUUGAAACUCUAAAGCAUCAAACUGAAUUCCAGUUGCAUGUUUCUUUUAUUGAGAUUCUCAAAGAAGAAGUACGAGAUUUGCUGGAUCCUAGUUUUUUGAGCAAACCAGAAGGUGCAAACGGGCAUGUGGGCAAAGUAGCAAUCCCUGGAAAGCCACCAAUACAAAUUCGAGAAUCAUCAAAUGGUGUUAUUACACUGGCAGGAUCCACUGAACUCAGUGUUAGUACGCUAAAAGAAAUGGCUGCUUGCCUGGAACAAGGAUCUUUGAGCAGGGCAACAGGGAGUACAAAUAUGAACAAUCAAUCAAGCCGUUCACAUGCCAUCUUCACCAUCACGUUAGAGCAAAUGCAUAAGGUCAACCCGACAUGUUCUGGCAACAACGGGGUUAGCGAGAGUAUGAACGAAGAAUAUCUAUGUGCCAAGUUGCAUUUGGUAGAUCUUGCUGGGUCUGAGCGCGCAAAGAGGACAGGUUCUGAUGGUUUGCGUUUUAAGGAAGGAGUUCAUAUUAAUAAGGGUCUUCUUGCACUUGGUAAUGUUAUCAGUGCACUUGGUGAUGAGAAGAAGCGCAAAGAAGGUGUUCAUGUUCCUUAUCGAGAUAGUAAACUUACUCGGCUUUUGCAGGACUCACUUGGUGGUAACAGCCGAACUGUUAUGAUAGCCUGCAUCAGUCCUGCUGAUAUCAAUGCUGAGGAAACCCUAAACACUUUAAAGUAUGCAAAUCGUGCUCGCAAUAUCCAAAAUAAGCCUAUUGUAAACCGAGAUCCCAUGUCCAGUGAGAUGCUGAAGAUGCGCCAACAACUAGAGUAUUUGCAAGCUGAACUUUGUUCACGUGGAGGAGGAUCUUCUUCUGAUGAAAUACAGGUUCUCAAGGAAAGGAUUACUUGGCUCGAAGCUGCUAAUGAGGAUCUUUGUCGGGAACUUCAUGAAUACCGUAGUAAAUGCACUGGUGUAGAGCAGUGUGAAAGAGAUGGUCACGUUGGUAGUACGUGCUCUGUAAAAAGUGAUGGCCUUAAAAGGGGUUUGCAAAGUAUAGAAUCAGCUGACUACCAAAUGGGUGAAGCAAUAACGGGAUGUCAUAUUGUAGCAGGUGAUUCCCAGGAAAUUGAUGAGGAAGUAGCAAAAGAGUGGGAGCACAACAUUCUGCAAAAUACUAUGGACAAAGAGUUGCAUGAAUUGAAUAAACGUCUACAGCAGAAGGAGUCGGAAAUGAAGUUUAUUGAAGGUUCUGACACUGUGGCACUCAAGCAGCACUUUGGAAAGAAAAUCAUGGAACUUGAAGAUGAGAAAAGAACCGUGCAGCAAGAGAGGGACCGGUUGCUGGGUGAAGUUGAAAAUCUUGCUAAUAGUGAUGGACAAGCACAAAAAUUGCAAGAUGUCCAUUCCCAGAAGUUAAAGGCACUUGAGGCACAGAUUCUGGAUCUUAAGAAGAAACAAGAGAGCCAGGUUCAGCUACUGAAGCAAAAACAAAAAAGUGAUGAAGCAGCAAAGCGACUGCAAGAUGAAAUCCAGUCAAUAAAGGCACAAAAGGUUCAAUUGCAACAUAGGAUAAAACAAGAAGCAGAACAAUUUCGGCAGUGGAAAGCCUCGCGAGAGAAGGAAUUGCUGCAGUUACGGAAAGAGGGCAGGAGGAAUGAAUAUGAAAGGCAUAAGCUGCAAGCAUUAAAUCAACGCCAGAAAAUGGUUCUUCAAAGAAAGACUGAAGAGGCUGCAAUGGCUACCAAGAGGCUGAAAGAAUUGCUAGAAGCUCGUAAAUCUUCUGCUCGUGACAGCUCAGCUGUUGCCAAUGGAAAUGGGACACAUUUACAGAGCAAUGAGAAAUCCUUACAACGGUGGCUUGAUCACGAGCUUGAAGUCAUGGUGAAUGUGCAUGAAGUUCGUCAUGAAUAUGAGAAACAAAGUCAAGUACGAGCUGCACUGGCAGAAGAAUUGGCCAUGCUGAAGCAAUUAAACGAAUUCGCUUCAAAGGGCCUUAGUCCUCCAAGAGGAAAGAAUGGCUUUGCCAGGGUGUCCUCCAUGUCACCAAAUGCAAGAAUGGCCAGAAUAUCUUCACUUGAGAACAUGCUUAGCAUAUCAUCAAACUCACUUGUAGCGAUGGCAUCGCAACUUUCAGAGGCAGAAGAACGGGAGCGUGCCUUUACCAACCGUGGACGUUGGAACCAAUUGCGCUCAAUGGCAGAUGCAAAGAACUUGCUUCAAUAUAUGUUCAAUUCUCUUGCAGAUACAAGGUGCCAAUUAUGGGAGAAAGAAAUGGAAAUGGAUGAAAUGAAAGAGCAUCUCAAAGAACUCGUAGGUUUGUUGCGGCAGAGUGAGACACGAAGAAAGGAAGUUGAGAAGGAACUAAAAUUGAGAGAGCAAGCUGUUGCAACUGCAUUGGCAACAUCAGCCUCGGCUGACCACCAUCAGGGGAACUCACACAAUUCACUGAAACACUGUGCUGAUGACACGAGUGGUCCCUUGUCCCCAAUCUCUGUGCCAGCACAAAAACAGCUGAAAUAUACAGCAGGAAUUGUUAACGGCUCUGUCAGAGAAUCGAUAGCUUUCAUAGAUCAGACACGAAAGCUAAGAAAACUAAAGAAAACGGGAUUUGCUGUUAGUGCAGAUGGUACCCAUCAGGCAGUUGCCAGCAAAAAAACUAGCAGUUAUAGGACAGGCUGGGAAGCUAUGGAGAUGGAAGAGGAGUCAUCACCAGUGUCACCAGCCUAUUGUUGCCCAAAUUUCAUCUUUGACCUAAGUAUCAUCCCAACGCAUGGCAUGGGAAAACAGAGAAUCAAGUGCAGAAAUAUGUACUUUGUAGCAUCUCUGAAGUGUACUUGGCACUUCGAGAAUCUCGUAAGUGCCAAGUACAUGACUGCAGAUCAGUUCGUUCAACAGGAUAGCUCAGCACAGUUUGUUAUCGAAAAUUUUGCAAUGGUUACUGCACUCGGAGCAUCUUGUAAAGCUGUGUUGAUGCUGCCGAUGAUAUACUGUCUAGCUAGAAGACGACACCGACGGUGCAAAACUGCAAGUGGUGGUAUACUGGUGAAAGAAGAAAUCGAGCCAUCUGAUGUUAUAGUACAUUUCUGUUAA